AUGGCUACCAUGGCAGCGGCUGCUCGUGAUAUCUCCCAGGCCUCCUUGAGCCGAGACAACUUAACUGCUCCGUCGGAUCGACAACGUUCGAUCUCGCCUGGCCUCGAGGCUUCGGGCGCUAUCACUGGCUCCCUCCUCGCCAAAUACCACCUGCCAGAGAUCCUGCUCAAUCAUGGUCCCUUGGCUAUCAGACACAUCAUGGGAUAUCUGACCACUUCGGUACCCGGAUUCUCUGGAAUUCCCCCAACAAAGGCGCGGAGACUAGUCGUGGGAGCUUUGGAGGGACGAGGAGGAGAAGGAGGCGGACUGGAUGGAGAGGUGGAAUUUGAAAAGGUGGGAUGGGGCCGAUGGGAUGCUCGUAAGCGAGGACAGCCUUCUCGACACCGACAAGGAACUCCUCCCUCAUCCUACGGCGCCGGCAUCCCCAUCGGCAACAUCGGCGGUAGGGGUCAGGACCGGCCCAGACUUAGCAUUGCAUCAAGCAACGGGGACUCGGUGCAGUAUUCUCAUGAUGAUAACGACAUUUACAUGAUGGAGCAUGAGGCCGACAAGAUGUCCAUGGAUGGAUCUGGAUCCGCUUCGUGCUCCGAGGCUCCGGAUGAUGAUGUCGUUAUGAACGAUGAUCCUGAGGAUGCGACGGAUGACGAGGAUUGGGCUACCAUGGGGGCUGCUGCUCUUCGAGCCGAGUCUUAUCCUAACCAGGCGGCAGCUCAGACGGACCAUGGCUUCCGAUCCUCUUCUGCAUAUACACCAGGUGGACUUCGUUCGUUCUCCGCCAGCUCCGGCAUGGCUCGCCCACCUCAAACACUCAACAUCGACUUCUCGGCGUUGGCGGGCACCUCUGACGCACAGGAGCGGGAGGCCGUCGAGGCCCUCCUGCAGCUCGGUUCUGUAUAA